AUGACGAACGCAGAAGAAAAGAUGGCUGUCUCAGCUCCCAUCAUCGAACUCCCUGAAACCCCAACCCUCACCAGUCUAAUGAUGACCUUCUGUUCUCUAUCCUCCACCCCCAAGAUCAUGCAAGACACAAUCCACGCCUUAACGCACGAGAUCAUUUCCGCGGCCAAAUCCCACGACCAAACCCUCACCCAAUCCCCCACAACAAUGAUCCCCAUUCUCCGCGGAGCCUUGCCCAUGUUCGUGGCCGCACAGCCCCUCCUCCCCGCUACCUCGUGCAUUCUAGCCCGCUGCAGUAAGACAAAGGGCACCCAGGAUGUGGUAGUGGACUGGCUAGGCCGACGACCGUUCCCGCGGGAGUCUGACGACGGGAAGAUCGUGAUCCUCGAUACGAUCAUUGCUACCGGUGAUACAGUAGUCAAGCUUUGCGAGGAACUGUGGGAGAUGAGUGGAAAGCAGCCAAGGUCGGUUGUAGUAUUGUGUACCUAUGCAGCUCCCGAGGCGUUGGAGAGGGUGGCCCGUUGUCCGGUGGUGGAGUAUGUGGUUGUUGGAAGACGGGCUGAAAAGUGCGAUGAGAGGGGGUAUCUGGUUCCGUAUACAAACGGGGAUAUAGGUGAUAAGAUCUACGGCGGAGUGUGGAGUAAGGAAGAGAAGACGGGAAAGCCUGUUGUUGCGCAGGGAGAGGAGGUGCAGAGUGUUUUGUCGGGGGUGCAAAACUUACUGGUUGAGAAUGGGGGAUUGUGGAAAUUGACGGAGGAUGGAUUGGCGAUUGAACGGGAGAUUCAGUUCUCCGGGUUUAAAGAUGCAUGGACCUUUAUGAAACAGGUUGCAGAUACGGCGACUAGGCUUCGUCACCAUCCCGAAUGGAUAAAUGUUUAUAACAAAGUCUCCAUCCGUUGGACAACUCACCAGCCUAAAGGCUUGACCAACUUGGAUGUUGUCAUGGCUCAGCUCUGUGAUAGCUAUGUAUAA